CCUUUGUCCCCGCUCUCCCGUCGACGAGGCCCCGUUGCCUCGCCCGUGCUUUCUUCCUGGGCUCACUCGCUCUUGGUGCCUGCUUUUCGGGUAGAGCAUUGAUCACCCCGUCCCCCACCGCUGCUCCUCCCUCGCCCACAAAGACCUCCAAGACAACGACAUGAGCCCCGGCUCCGCCAGAAAGAAGCCUGUCUGCCAGAAGUGCGGUCAUCUCAUGGCUGGCCACAAGCGGCCCAUGGGGGUCCCCAUCUGCCCCCGCGACGGCUCCGUCCCCGCCUCUCCCCAGCCUCAGCCUCCCACUGCCCCUGCCCCGCUCGCCCGUGCAUACGCGCAGGCCUCCCCCGACUUCGUCUUCAACCCCACCCCCUCGGGCUAUUGGCACCGCGUCAACCCCAACUGGACCGACCCCGAGCCGCCCGCCAACCCGCUCGACAGAUUCCCUAAGCGUCAACCUAGCGCAGUCACCACAGAGCCCGACAACCGCUCUCAGGGUGCUCCCUCCCGUCGCCCUCCCGUCAUGCCCACUUACGAGGUCAUCGACGUCGACGCCGAGGACGAGCAUCAGCAGGCGGCGUAUGGUCACGGCGGUUGCACAGACCGCGCGGCGGUAGGGUCACCGGAACACGAGUACGAAUACGAGCAAGACUACGAACAGGACUUCGACCCCGACUACACCCGCGAGCAAUCGUUGCCCGGCGAAGAAGAGGACGCGUCCGACACCUCGUCUAGCGCGUCCUCGGUCACCAUCUUGAAGCGCAUGACCCGCCGCCUCUCGCAAGCUAUCGGGCGCAGCACGCCCCUCGCCUCCCUCUACUCUAGCCCGUACGAGCAGGUGGCCGCCAUCACCUCUGCAGCGGAGGCCGAAGGCCUCUACACCCGUGUCCGGCACGUCGAGCGCAGUGGGGCCCCUGUGCAGAACCUGAGUCUGAAGCACGAGCCCGCUACGCCCACGCGCACUCUCCCUACGCGAGAACACUCGUGGUUCAUCGCGGUCGGGCGCGACCGCGGCGCCGUCGACGUGCUCGCCGACUCACAGGUCACCCCGCCCAAGCCGACCGUGCGCCUUCCACCCGAGAGCGGUGUCGUGCUCGAGCCUUACGACUACCAGCGGGGCUUGAGCCGCGAGCUCAACGAGCGCGUGGGCGCGUACCCCGACGACCCGACUAGGAUCAGGAACACGUUCGUAGAUGUGCUCGUCGCGGGCGCCGUCGGCGGGCUCGUCGUGUUCUACUGCUUGUCGUCGCUCUAGACGUGACUUACCGGCGUUCCUCGCCAUCUAUCGUCGUUGGUCGCUCUCCGUCACACGGACCAGUGCGCUCGCUGUUCGCUGUGGGCCCGUGCUCUCGCUUGCGGCCCCGCACUCCGGCAUGUGGCCCGCCCACGCCGUCCCGAUAUCGGGUCGGCCCCGAGGGCCAUCCUUCCUACCCCUUUGCCCCUCACCCCACCCGUCCCCGUCGAUGUGCUGUGUGAAGUGCUAAACCGUUCUCGUGCUUGUUGCUGACUCUGCUUCUGCUUCUGACUGUGCUUUCGCGUUCGUGCUGUUGUGGUCGCUGGUAUGUACCCUUCCUAUAUGCACGUAUGUACCCUCCCAUGUAUCACCAUCUUCGGUCGAUUAUGCCAUCCUACACUCC